AUGCCUGGGACUGUGGCAGAGGGACCUUCGGUCUCCAUGUCCUUUGCGAACAACUUCUGGGGAAAGGAUGACGCCGGUCUCCAACCCAUGCUCGACCGCAUGCACGGAUCGAAGACAACAAGCGAUGAAUUGAAGGCGUUCUACACAAUCCGAGCAUCCAUUGAAGACGAAUACGCACGAAAACUCCAAGCCUUAUGUCGCAAACCGUUGGGUACAUGUGAAACUGGAUCUCUCAAAGCCUCGCUGGACGUGGUCCGCGGGGAAACUGAAGCCAUUGCCAAGGCACAUGCUGCCAUCGCGGGUCAGAUGAAAGUUGAACUCGAGGAGCCUCUGGGUGCAUUUGCCAGUGGAAUCAAAGAGCGACGAAAAAUUAUUCAAAAUACCAUUGAGCGCCUCCACAAAACCAAAGUGCAGCAGACAGCACUUGUGAACAAGACUAGAGAUCGAUACGAACAGGACUGUCUCCGCAUCAAGGGCUACCUGGCACAAGGCCACAUGGUCAUGGGCCAGGAAGAGCGUAAGAACAAGGCAAAGCUUGAGAAGACCCAGAUCCAGCUUGCAUCCAAUAGCCAGGAGUACGAGGCUGCAAUCAAGACUCUCGAGGAAACGACCGGUCGCUGGAACAAAGAAUGGAAAGCUGCUUGCGAUAAAUUCCAAGACUUGGAGGAGGAGCGACUGGACUUCACAAAAAGCAGUCUGUGGACCUACGCAAACAUCGCAUCGACUGUUUGUGUCAGCGAUGAUGCCUCUUGCGAGAAGAUUCGACUCUCCCUUGAGGACUGCGAGGUUGAGAAAGAUAUUGUCUACUUCAUUAAGGAACGAGGCACUGGAUCCGAUAUUGACGAGGGCGAAGGUUAUUCAGUCGCCCAGUUCCAGCGUACGAUGAACCCGGCUUUCCGCACUUCUUCUCCUCAGCCCUCGACGUAUGAGUCUCAUCAUGAUCCCCAAUCUGAUCUCGCGGCUCAAAUGGGCCAUCCGGCUCCUCCACCGAACGUAGAGCCAACACAGCAGUACCAACAGCCUCAGCCAGCUCAGCAGGCUCAGCCGCCGCCGCAGCCCCAACAACCCCUGCAACCUCAGCAACCCCUGCAGCCUCAGCAACCCCUGCAACCUCAGCAACCCCUGCAACCUCAGCAACCGCAGCAGCCACAGCAACCCCGCAGCAACCUGCUCCCUUGGAUUUCCGCCGAGGCGGCUAUCUGCCCCCCCAACUAUGACCCCGAGCAGCACGGCGAAAUUAACAAGAUUCCUCACAAUGCUUACCCGACCGACGGUAUGACCAUGUUCUGCCGAACUGGUCCUCCGUCGGAACGAGGCUCAGCAGCAAGCGCAUACCGACCAUCCAGUCGUGAUUCCCAGAGUGAGGUAUCAAAUCCCACUUCUAUGUCCAGUGUUGAGGCGCCAAUGCCAGUCAGUACCAAACAAAUAUCACCUCAGAGGCCAACAAACAGUGCGCCACUGCCGAGUGCCAGCUCCGGAGAUGAUAUGUCCCCGAAGAAGAAGAGUGCAUUCUUCAGUAACAGCCCCUUCCGUCGCAAGAGCCGUCAUGAAAAGGAAAGACCUGUCAUUCCAGCAGCUCAGUCCGCGUCGCGAAGCCCUUGGAGCUCUCCUAGCAAGCAUUCCACUCCAUCUAAAGCUGCUCCUUCUCCAAAUCAGAAUGAACGUCGUGCAGCUAGCCCGGAACCUGUCGACCCUCGUGCCAACUUCCAGCUCAAUGUCGGAAACAAUGUGUUUGACGUUGCCUCUCCCGACAAGAACGGAAAGAAGGCAGGGGGUCAGCAGGCUAAGGGAGCCGAAGAUGAUCUCGACCCGAUUGCGCGCGCUCUCGCUGAUUUGAAGACGUCUGGUGGAAAGCAAUCCACUCUCCGCGUCUCGGCUGACAGGUACCAUGGAAUCACCACUCCCACUCCUUCUGCGCCAUCAUCUGCUUAUGGUGGAAGUAGUUCUGGAGCCCCGCCGGCAUACAACGAUCCCUCAGUGAAACGACUUGGCGCCCCCGAGCCGGCCUUUACGUCGAAGCAGAUGCAAAAGACCACUCAGCGCUACACCGGUCAGACCCAGAGCAUGCUUCGUGGGGGAAGUAAUAACCCAGCCAUGGCCCCCAAGCCUCAAGAAGCUCCUCGUGCCAGGUCCCCGGCCCCAUCUCGACGAAGUGCUAGCCCGCAGGUUUCACCCCGAGUUGAUACCCGGAUGGGCACUCAGUAUGCUGGGGGAGCACCAGCUAGCCCAGGUGCUCCUCAAUCCAGCAGCAUGCGCAGUCGUUACAGCCAGUCUCCAACGCCGCUCCGUGCCCAAGACCCGCCUUACUCCCCCAAUGACUUUGCCAGAAGGCCAUCUCCUGCCGGCUCUCAUCGCGCAGUUUCUCCUCAGCCCCAGUUCCGCCAGCAGGCUCGUCCUUCCAGCGCCGGAGGCAUGGAGCUCCAGCUCUCCAAUGGUCAGGCUGAUUCGUAUGGCGGCGGUAGUGUCGGGGAUAGCUAUGGUUCUCGACGUGACGGUCGGCCCUCAUCUUACUAUGGUGACGCUGGUGGUCCCCCAGUUGGCCGAUCUCGCAGCCGCACCGUUGCUGUGGCUGACCCUGCUCGCAAAUUCAGCCGCGACGGACGUCCAAUCUUGCACUUUGCUCGCGCCUUGUACAGUUACACUGCUGCCAUUCCGGAGGAACUUGGCUUCACCAAGGGUGAUUGCCUUUCAGUGAUCCGACUCCAGGAUGAUGGAUGGUGGGAAGCCGAAAUCACCAACGGACGCGGUCACCCUGGAUUGGUGCCGAGCAAUUACCUGCAAAUCUUCUAG